AUGGAAUUUCCGGAGGUCUUUCCGAAUGAUCUUCUAAGAAUCCCUCCCAAAUGCGAAAGUGAUUUUGAUAUUGUCUUGCUACCGGAUACCAACCCUAUUUCAAUUCUUCCUUAUCAUAUGGCUCUAGCAGAAUUGAAAGAGUUGAAGAUCAUGCCUCCUCGUAGAGAUAACGCUAGGAAUGCAAAUUUCCGGAAUGCAAACGCAGCUCCUCCAGUCCCAGAUCAGGAAGUCUCCAACGCUGAGUUCAGGAAUUCCAUAGAGAUGGUGGAUCAGAUUAUGACCAACCAUAACAAUUGGGUUCAUGCUCCUAUUAUUGAAAAUGGUGGAUCAGCAGUAGCAAUAGUACGUGACAUUGUUAUGAUGAAUCUGACUGAGUUCUUAGGAUCACAAACUAAUAAGGAUUCUCAGAAUUUCUUAGAUGAGAUCAAGAAAAUGAUUGAGAGUAAGCAAAAGUUUUCAGCUCCAGCCUCUUCGUCAGCUAGUGUUCCAUCCUCCAAGAACAGGUAUGGCCAAAAGGUUAGAGAACUAAGCUCUAAGUCUCAGGGAAGUGUUUCAGGCACUAAGAAUUACCCCACUUGCCUUAAGUGUGGUAAGAACCAUCUAGGCGAUUGUCUUGCAAGAAAAGAAGGAUGUUAUGGGUGCGAUCAAUCUGGUCACGGGUUGAGGGAUUGUCCUUCUAGAUAG